AUGGCGCAUAUUGGAGAAACAGAAAAGAAAAUGAAUUUUGAAUCAUUGGCCAAUGAAUUAUUACUUUAUCUAUUCAAAUUUCUCCGUACCGAUCAUCUUAUUUAUGCAUUUCAUGGUCUCAAUUCUCGAUUUUAUUCUUUACUUUUGCAUCAUUUUACCGUUUGUGGUAUUGAUUCUCGACUAUUCCACCACAAUGAUUUUGUUAUAAUGUGUGAAAAAUACUUUCCAACAUUGAUCGAUAAAGUAUCUUCAUUAUAUUUAUCAGAGAAGGAAGAUUCUUUGAAAUUGUUUAAUCAAUUGGAUCUUCAUGGCUUUGCAAUUGGCCAGUUCAUUCAAUUGAAAUCACUCUCAUUAAGUUAUCUUUCUGAGGAACAGAUGAUAGAUAAAAUAAUGUUCGCAUUACCUCACUUUAUCAAUAUGACUCAUUUAACUCUUCAACAUUGUUUUUUGCCACAAAGUCCAGGAAGUGUGUCUGAAGAACAAAUAAAUGCCCGUCCUUUUAUAAAUUGUAUAUGGAACCUACCAAAGCUCACCCAUUGCUGUUUUAUUAACACAUUUGUGUACAAAUUUAGUUCUGCCAUUUUUACAGAACCAACGGUGAUAUCAUCGAGUAUAACGCAUCUAUUUCUUUUCGGUGUUCAUGAUGAUUCUUUGUGUUUGGAUCGUAUAUGUGAAACUACACCAAAACUUCAACACUUCUCAGAAUCUUCUCCGGAUUUGAAUAUGUCCGAAGUUCCAAGGUUUCCUCUUCUAUCAAUGACUUCUCUCGAGGUGUCCUGUACCGGUUCUGGAUCCACCUUACUUCACAUACUCCAAUGGAUUCCCAAUCUGUAUCGAUUGAAAUUGAAAGAUAUUCCUUACAUUAAUGGACAUGAAUGGGAAAGCUGCAUUUCUAAUCAUUUACCUAAAUUGAAAAUAUUUAAUUUUCAAAUGAAAGGUCGCUUUAGUCAAAACAAAACGAUCGAUGUACAAGUUGAUGACAUACUCAAUAAAUUUCGAACUCAAUUUUGGCUUGAUGAACAUGGAUGGUUUACUGCAUGUUAUUAUGAACCAACGAACAGAAGUUUCUAUCUCUGUACUUUACCAUAUGUUUUUGACACUUUUCAAAUGCGUUAUCCAUUACUUUAUAAAUCUACUUGUCUUAACGAGAAUAACGAUCAAUCAUUUGACAAUGUGCGUCGUUUAAUAUAUGAUGUUCAAUCUAUGAACGACUGUUCAUCAUCCGAUAUUCGGUUCUACAAGCUGGAAACACUAGAAAUAAAAGCUGCUCUCAGUAAUUAUUUCUGGUCUGUAGUUCCAGCAUUGCAUCAUUUAACUUCAUGCACGAUAGCAUGUUAUGGUAAUAGUCAAGAAUGUAUACAUCAACUUCAACUUUCACUUUCUCGUGCUACUCAUCUAACAUUGUUAACAUUUUCGGGCCAUUCUAGAGAUAUUUCUAUUGAAAAUCUACUAUUAGAAACCAAUAAUGCAUCGAUAAAGCGGCUCAAUCUACAAUCUAACUUCAUUUCAUAUGAUGAAGAGCAAUGUGUCAGAUUCAGUCGUACUCGUCUUGCGAUGCAAUGUGAAGAGCUUCACAUUCGUGUGAAAAGUCGAAUAUCAAUAUGUCAUCUAAUUAAAACAAUGUACAAUUUACGAUUAGUAUAUGUGAAAUAUGACGAGGAUGAAUACGACUCUCUUAGACCAAUAACUGGUAACGAGAAAUUUGACAAUUCAGGAAAAUAUGACAUUAUCAGCUGGUUAUGGGAGCAAUUACUAGGCAUUCGGCGAUUUGUUGAAAUAACAGGUUGCUACAAGAAUAUUGUACUGAGAUUAUCUUAA